GUUCAGUUAACUUGCUUUAUAGACUCUUCAUGCUGUGCUGGCCAGUUGGAUUAUUGACAAAGCAGAGGCAGAUUAAAGUUAAAACCUUUAAAUGUUUUGUAUUCAUGUGUUUUCCAGUAAAGUUGUUAUUUGAGGACAAAUCAGACCCCUAGCUGUCCCUGUUAAACAGUUUGGAAUACGAAUCUAUUGCCAUGAUGAGGAACCUAUUCCUUUAUAUUUCAUUACUGGUUAUAUUUUGCGCGGACAGGGCACUCUGCAAGUCAGUGUUUUCUAGCAGCCCUAAAGCACACAUGCUUUUGCGUUCAAGAAGAGCAAACACUUUCAUGGAGGAGUUUAAAGCCCCAUCACUGGAACGUGAGUGCAAAGAGGAAGUCUGUGAUUUCGAAGAGGCGAGGGAAAUCUUUAACACCAGAGAAGCAACGAUGAAAUUCUGGACAGUGUACUUAGAUGGAAACCAGUGCGACUCGCAUCCAUGUGUUAAUGGGAAGUGUGUGGACCUGUUUCAGGAUUACUCUUGCAUCUGUAGUCCUGGGUUUGAGGGGAGACGCUGUGACCUGCGUAGCACAGCGACUAACUGCUCUGUGAACAAUGGGGACUGUGAUCAUGAUUGCCGUAAGACUGAGGAUGGUCUCGGUCGCAUUUGCAGUUGUAUUAAAGGAUACCAACUACAAGACAAUGCUAGAAAUUGUGCCCCCAAAAAUGAGGCUUCAUGUGGGCAGAUUCUGAUUACAAAAUCAUCCUACCCUAAACAGCAAGUGAAAGGGGUACAGCUUUGUUUUCUAGGUACAGUUAGUAAAAAGGGAGAGAGUCCCUGGCAGGUCCUUAUAUUAAAUCAUUUGGGCAAGUUUCACUGUGGUGGAGUUCUGAUUGAUGAAAACUGGGUUCUCACUGCUGCUCACUGCCUAGAGACAAGCUCACGUUUCAGGGUUAGACUGGGUGACUAUGACCGGUUUAAGCGGGAAGGAACAGAAGAGACCAUUACAGUCAAACAGCACUUCACACACCCACAAUACAAUCCUAUCACACGGCACAAUGACAUAGCUCUGUUGCAAUUAUUUGUACCAGCAAAAUUUUCCAAAUACAUACUUCCAGCAUGCCUUCCUAGCCACGACUUGGCAGAGCAGGUGCUGCAUCGCAACGGCACUCUGACGAUAGUCACUGGCUGGGGCAAAAAAAAUGAGACAGAUCAUCGUUACAGUGACACUUUAAACUUCAUUGAAAUUCCACUUGUAGACACCAAAGAGUGUUCCAAGCAUAUGAUGAACAAUCUGACGCAAAACAUGUUAUGUGCUGGUGUGCUGGGCCAGGUCAAAGAUGCUUGUGAAGUAGACAGUGGGGGUCCGAUGAUGACCCUGUUUCAUGAUACAUGGUUCCUGUUAGGUCUGGUGUCCUGGGGAGAAGGCUGUGGGCACAGAGACCAACUGGGCAUCUACACUAAAGUGUCCAGCUAUUUGAAUUGGAUAGAUAGUGUUCGUCAGGGGCAGGUUAAGGUUUAAAGUUUAGGUCUCUGACAUGUUUCUUGUUCUACCUGUCAUUGAAAUUAAAUCUGUCAAAGAGGUCAAUGUGCACUCUUAGUAAAAUGAUUUAUGUGUAAAGCACAAUGAUGCUGCUACUUCAUUGUCUGAAUGAUAAAGGAAAUUUGACUGACAGUCACUAAACACAUUCUGUGUUUUAAUGAAGUUUAACAUACAUUUGCAUAGUAAUCUUGCAACAUGAAUAAUAUUACUAUGUGAUUGCUUCAUAG